AAACAGCUUUGAGGUAGAACAACUAUCUCUGCCGUUUUGCUUAGCCUUGCUUUGCCUGCACAAGUGAGCAGCGUACAGGCCAGCAAAUAUCAUUUAUACGCAAACCGAAUUUGCCGGCGACACACUGUGUUCACAGACUUUUCGAGGCGAUGUCAAACAUCGUGCAGUAUAUUGUGGUGCGAAGCGAUUUGCGCUCUACCUUGAACUGGCCACUGGGCGCGGUGAUCGCGCAAUGCUGCCAUGCGACGGCGGCGGUGAUGAGCGUCCAUGUGGAGGACGAGGAGACGCAAGCGUAUCUCAAGGAUCUGGACAAUAUGCACAAAGUGGUGCUGGAGGCCAAGGAUGAGGCGGCGCUGUUGAAGCUCAGCGAGAAGCUAAAGGAGCACGAAAUCAAGCACAAACUUUGGAUCGAACAGCCGGAGAAUAUACCAACGUGCGUGGCAAUCAAGCCCUACGUUAAAGAUGUUGUCCACAAAUAUGUAAAGCAUCUGAAACUAUUGAAGUAAACCCACAUGCUGAUCUGAUGCCAAUCUAUAGCAUAAUCCCAGCUAGCAUUUAGGUUUCAAUAAAUCUAAAAAACAACUUGGCAAAUCCAGAACCAAUCGAGAACUGGACGAGCAGAAAAGCCAACUAAGCAUCUGUUCCGUGGAAGCUCUCAGCAAAAGCAGCCGGAAUUAGCUUGGCAUAAACCUUAAUGAAAUAUCUUAUUGACGGACGUUGACCAAGCAGACCAAAACCUAUCCCUGACCAUAAUCUUGGAAGCUUAGAUGAAUAGCCUAGAUGGACACAAAGGCUGGACCUUACUUUUGUAUGCCCUUGCAAAGAGUAUGACGAUUUUAUAAAGAAAUAUGUAAGGCAUAGAAGAAGACAUCUUCGAUCCCUUUAAAGUAUAUCUUCAUGUAUUAGCCCAAACCAUUUUGUACCUUAAGUGGAGAAUGCGCAGAAACGAUUGUUUGCUGCUUUUUGGCUCUUCCAUCGCCCAAAAACUCAUUUCCAAAGCAAUUUCACUUGACAAACCAACGUUCCGCGUCUUCAAAUGGGAAUCAAAGAUUAGAAAAGCGAAGUUUUGGCUUUAAACUCACAUCUACUUGGGUAUCAAAGAUUAAAUGGGCAUAUACUUCUUUCCAAAGUCCUACCAAACAUAUCAUUAACUGAAAUCGUUCAGAAAUUGCGAGCUGCUCUCUUCACACUAGAGUAAGGACUGCAUUAAAUGGAACACUAUAUUAUCGAACUUCUACUGGAACAAGCACAUCGUUUAGUCUAGAAAUAUGUUGCUUCUCAGCUCUAUAUAUAUGUAUCUAUCCCAGAAUUAAUGAGAAAUUAAGUCUGAUAUCAUAAAUAAUGAUAAUGAGUAGAAACUUAUCUUAAGAUUUCCAAGUUCUAAGAACCAAAAAGAAGAAAUUUAUUUUAAAAAUUGUAUAGCCAGGCUAGAUUACCAUUCUAUAGAGAGUAUAACCUGGACUGUCUACACAUUGUUAAUGAUAAAUAAUAAAACAUUAUGCAGUAAUAUUUUAGAUUUAAAUGAAACUCUGUUACAAUUAUAUUCCAAUAAUCAGCCUUUCAAUCAACCGAUUGUUCCCAUGCCACUUUAUGGCAUGGCAGCUGAAUGCCCGCUCGAAUAGAAAACAGGCUUUACAUGGAAUGAAACAGGACAGCGAAACUAACUGU